AUGGCUAAACAGAGACUGCAUUGGGGUUUAACUGUGAUUGUGUUCUUGGCGAUUCUUGCUUUACAAGCUUGUGCUUCUACUGAUCCUCCUGAUGUCAUAGCACUUCAAGAUCUAUACAAGGCCCUGAGUAACCCACCACAGCUAAAGGGAUGGAGAUUGGAUGGAGGAGAUCCAUGUGGGGAAUCAUGGACUGGAGUCUCAUGUAUUGGGGCAUCUGUAAUACACCUUAAACUUCAGGGACUAAACCUCAGUGGGUUCCUUGGAACACAGCUGCAUUUUCUCCAUAGCUUGAGGCAUCUGGAUGUUAGCUCUAAUUACAUUGUGGGUGAAAUACCAUAUGCUUUGCCGCCUAAUGCCACUCAUAUAAAUUUAGCAUACAACUACUUGAGCCAAAGCAUACCCCUUUCCUUACCUAGUGUAGAGUUACUUCGGCAUCUGAAUUUGAGUCGCAAUUCAUUGUCUGGACCCGUUGGCAAUGUGUUUACUGGCCUACAUAACCUAAAAGAGAUAGACCUGUCAUCCAAUAACUUCACUGGAGAUUUGCCAAGUUCUUUUGGAUCUCUGACAAAUCUUACCAAAUUGUUCUUACAGAACAACCAAUUCACUGGCUCAGUUGUCUACCUGGCUAAUCUUCCACUAACUGACCUGAAUAUCCAAAGCAAUCACUUUAGUGGUGUAAUUCCAACUCAAUUUCAGUUAAUACCCAAUCUAUGGAUUGACGGAAAUCGGUUCCAUGAAGGAGCAAAUUAUCCUCCCUGGAAUUUUCCUUUGGAUAAUGGAUCCAUUGGGCAAAAUUUUAAUGAUCCCCCAACGACAGAGUCAAGUGCCAUCGAGAAUUAUGUCAAGGUAAAUGGACACAAGAAGAAAAAUUUGGGCCCCGGUGGAAUAGUUUGUGCGGUGGGUGCAGUAGCUCUGGUGGUGACAUGUGCUGCAAUCUUCAUUGCAAUGCGUAUUAAGCGAUCCCGCCAUUCUUGUUCUGUCAGGACAACCGGAGCAGCAUAUGAAGUGAACCCACAACUGUUGCCUCCCAGAUCUCCUUCCCUUCUUGGCCCAACGCAUAUCCCUCCUAUUUGCCACAACAGAAAUGAGAAGAUGUCAGCAAGAAAAAGUUUCUCGAAAUAUAAAGCCCCAGUGAGGGCAAAAAUUUACACAGUGGCAGAACUUCAGUUGGCGACAAACAACUUCAGUGAACUGAAUCUUCUUGGAGAGGGGUCUCUUGGUUCUGUUUACAGAGCCGAGUUCCCCAAUGGCCAGAUAUUUGUUGUGAAAAACAUCAACAUGGUAUCACUGUCUUUCCAAGAAGAAGAACAAUUAUUGGAUGUGAUUUGGACUGCAUCCCGACUGAGGCACCCAAAUAUUGUAACCCUCAUUGGCUACUGUGUAGAACAUGGGCAGCAUCUUCUCGUGUAUGAGUACAUCAGAGAUUUGUCUCUUCAUGAUGUUCUGCAUAGUGAUGCGUACAAGCCACUGUCAUGGAACAUUCGUCUUAAUAUUGCACUUGGUGUUGCUCGGGCUUUGGAGUACUUGCACUCCACAUUCUCACCUCCUGUGGCUCACGGCAAUGUAAAGGCUGCCAAUGUCUUACUUGAUCAGGAGCUUAUGCCUCGUCUAUGUGACACUGGCCUAGAUAUUUUGAGGCCACUGACAAGCAACAGUGUUAAAAUGAAGGCUUCUGAAAUUGCUAUUGGAGACACCGGCUAUAUUGCUCCUGAACAUGGGGAACCAGUAACUGACAACACGAAGAUUGACAUUUAUGCGUUUGGAGUGUUGCUUUUGGAGCUAUUUACAGGAAGAAGACCUUUUGAUGGCUCAAGACCAAGAGCAGAGCAAUCUUUGGUGAAAUGGGCUUCUACUCGGCUGCAUGACAAUGAGAGUUUGAUUCAGAUGGUUGAUCCAGGCAUCAAAAGAACGCUCACCUCCAAGACUUUAUCUCGUUUUGCAGACGUUGUAUCGCUCUGCAUUCAGCCUGAGAAGUUCUUCCGUCCACCUAUGUCUGAAAUUGUUUCAUCACUGACAAGUCUGCUGCAAAAAUUCACUGCUGCAAAAAGUGGCGCAAUGGAAGCUGCUGAAGUUGACUCUUUUGAGAGUCAAGCAACUGUUAUGUGGCUUUCCUUUCCAUUUCCUGUAUUGUCACUGUUUGCAGAAGGAAUUAGCCUUUUUGAGUCUAUUAAUGUGAUGAAUGGAGUUUACGAUCUAACAUGA